GGUAGUUAGCUCAACUUCUGAGAAGAAUGUCACUGACCAAGAUCUCGCGAUGGAGCUAUUUACAUCGACUGUUCAGGAAAGCCUGAACAUCGUCGGAGCUCUCUCAAGAGCAACUGAGGGAAUUACAGGGAGCUUUCGAGCUGACCCAGGACUCGGGCGUUGUGGACCAGUACGGUGCCAAGAAGAUGCUGCAGAUCUUCAACAUGAACCCAACCACGGAGGACGUGGCAAAAAGAUACGCAGAGUUCGGCAGGGAUGCCACCGCGGGUCUGACAUUCGAGGAAUUCGAGCACAUAUUCCGAGACUACCUCAUGGACUUCCCGAAAGUGCCGGACGCCUUGAAGAAAACACUCACUGAUCUUUUUGAUGGACCCAUUACUAAAGCGGAGCUUCGUAAGAUCCUGACAGAGAUGGGCUCAGAACCCUUCGAACCAGAAGAAGCGGACGAGGUUCUCAGUGAGAUACGCUUUGACGAUCAGGGACUGAUAACACGGGAAGCGCUACAACAGUUCCUCCUUAACAAAGUCGACUUGCGUCUCCCGCCGUCUACUUCCGGUGCCAAGGAAGGGGAAUCUACCGGGGAGCGGCCUUCACCCGUCGCUAGUCGGCAUGCCGAGAUUGAAGAAGACGAUUUUUAGACGUACAUCUGCGGAUUGUGUGCACAAGUGGAAUUAAUUUCCUAAGAUAUUGUACUUUAGAACGUAAGCUUGUAAUUAAAUAAUACAAAUCUCCUUAUCGUGCUAUUAAAUGUACACAACGCAAAGAGUAAGAAUUCCUAUAAUACGUAACUGAAAAAAUGAAUGUUCUUGCAAAUAUAUUAGAACCAUAUCUUAGUACGUAUCAUGUUCUCUGGUUCAGCUAUUCUUUUGAAAGUGUUGCUAUGUUCUUUCACAGCGACACUUGCGUGUAUUUCCUAUAAAGGAGUAUCUGUUUAUGCGUUAAUAAUGACCGAAUUGAUGUAAAUGCAUGAUUAACAAUGUGUGCAGCACUUGAAACUGUGCAAAGCAUAUAGCAUUUGUGAACUUAUUAAAUCCUAAAAAUCA